UCUUCUCUUAUUUCUCUAGAUCAAGACCUUAUUUUGUGGGGGCCUCUGCUACUUGGGCCUCAUAGGUUUUCAGAAAUGUUUGGGGGUUUGAGUGAGCUGGUUGCAAAUGAGUCUUCUUCGAUGUCUGAAUUAUCUCCAAACACUUUGGCUUCACAUGGUGUAGAGCAAGACCCAUUGAGUGAACCCAUUGACCUCUCAUUCCUGAAAAAUGGAGAAGGGAGAGUUUCAGUUUUGGAUUUGUCUAUGUCUCUUGGAGACAACAUGAAUGAUGGAGGGCUCAAUGAUGCUCACUCAGCAUGGGAUGAUGACAAAGUUCUUCCUGUGGGAAAAUACAUUGUCAUAUAUGAUGCAUCUGGCAAUUCUGCAACAAUACCAGAGAAGCAGUUUGCAGCUCAGCUUCCCAAGGCAUUGGAGUGCAUGAAAGGAGAUGAGAUUCAGACAAUGAUAGUGGAAGUGACAGAGGAAGGUGAUCUCAUUCAAGUGGAGGAUUGUAGCCUGCAGUUAGAAGAUCUGUCUGCUAUCCAGUGCACUGACCUUCCACUUGCUGAAGAGGUAGGAAUUGAAGGAGAAAGUCCUAUCACUGGAGAAUUGGCAGUUGACCUCUCAAGUGACAAGCAAGAGAAGCAGCUGACUGGAAGAAAAUCCAGGAGAACAAGAUUGCCAAAUGUGAAAUCUGUAUCAAAUGGGGCAGUGAAUCAAAAUUGGAGCAUUCCAUCCAAAGAUAGUUCAGAUGAUGAAGAAUCCCCAAAAGGCAAAGAGCAAUACAAGCAGGGGAUGUGGAGCAAGGAAGAAUCAGAUAUACUUCAGGAAAACAUUGAGAGAUACUGCCAGGAGCAGGGAAUUGAUCACCCUCGAAAGAUAGUUUUCAACAUGACCAGAGAUGAACGCAAGGGAUUUUAUCGCAUCAUUGCUAGAGGGAUCCAGCGGCCACUUUUUUCUAUCUACAGAAGGGUUGUGAGGAUGUACGAGAAGCAGGAGAAGGUUGGUCCGUACUCUCAGGAGGAAGUUGAGGCACUGAAACAGUUGGUGAGCAUCCAUGGGAAGAACUGGAAGCUGAUUGGAGCAGCUCUUGGGCGGAGUGGAGAGUCCAUCAAGGAUCGGUAUCGCCUCGUUCGAGAUGACUGUCGCAAUGGGAAAUGGAAUGAGGAAGAGGAGCAGAAGCUGUCUGAUGCAGUACAUCAAGUGUGUGGCCAAGAAUCAGGAGAAAUGGCAGUUUCUGGAAUCAAUUGGACUGAGGUGGCCCAAAUUGUAGGUACAAGAUCAGAGAAACAGUGCCGCAACAAGUGGCUCCACUGUCUUUACUGGAAGGAGAGCAAGGGCUCUGUUUGGACACACAAGGAUGAUCUCAUUCUUGUAGAAAAGAUAGGAGCAUUAAAUGCCAAAGAAGAAGGAGACAUUGACUGGACCUCUCUGGUUUUGGAGAACUGGUCAGCUGUGAGAUCCCCUCAGUGGUUGCGAAACAAAUGGGGUCAACUCAAGCGAACCUAUGUCAUCAACCACAAGGAUCUUCCUCUUGAAGAGGUGUUCAAGAAGCUGAGAGAGAACAUCUCAGCCCGGAAUCCUGUGAAGCAACAGCGAGCAAAAUCAGAGAAACCAGAUUCAUCAUCUGGGAGACGACAGCUGGAAAAAGAGAACAGUCCUAAUGCAGCCAAUGAGAGUGUGCUUCAGCCACUCCCUCCUAUGUCCACAUUGCCUCCAUUUGGUACUCCUGUUUUCUCUGCUGCUCCUCCUCAGCACAACACCAUACUCCAUGCAUCACAAACAUCUAUCAUCUCCAUACCUCAUGGGGCAACCCUGGUUGGGGGGACAGGAGGACCUGGAGCACCAAUCCAAGUCCUUGGUCCAAGUCCAUCGUAUGUCAUCACCACUCCUAUCAUUGCUACGAUUCCUCAGCCUAUUAUCCUUCAGCCUGUUGUGUCAACAUCAGAGUCAGAUGUGGGACAGACAGCUCUUGUGGUUCCUCCAAUGGAUGCUGAUUCUGGCUCAAUCACACACCCUCCUCCUGUCUGUCUCCAAGGAGAUAUGGAGGAAAGCCCUAGCAUCUCUUUCAGACCUUCACACGAACACUUGGAUCUCAAGGAAUCCAUUCCUGAUGAAGACAUGGAUCCCCACAUCCCCCAUCCUGAUGUUAUCCUUCGAGAGGUUUUGGAAUCAGAGAGUGAUGAAAUGAUGCUGUUACGAAGAACCGGAGUGAGUCGCCGCGUCCUGCAGUGGUGCGAUGCAAAGGGCAAGCUGAAGGUCAAGGCCAGGAUGACCGAGAGGACCAUGCCACAGAAGCGGGACCUCUGCACUCCCGCGCAGUAUCCAGUCCAAAAGUUUGACUACCUUCUCCUCCUUGACUUUGAAGCCACUUGUGACAAUAUCAAAACACCUUAUCCCCAGGAAAUCAUAGAGUUUCCUUGCCUGAAGGUGAAUGCCAAGAAUAUGGAGGUGGAAUCCACAUUCCAUCAAUAUGUCCUUCCUCGUGCAAAUCCCUGCCUCACUUCAUUUUGCACAAAUCUAACAGGGAUCAUCCAGGAGAUGGUGAAUAGUCAGCCACACCUGGAGGAAACCAUGGAGCUAUUUGACAAGUGGAUGGAGGGAGAGAACCUCAAGGAUCCCAAGGUGACGAGCCUCUUUGUGACGUGCGGGGACUGGGACCUGAAGGUCAUGCUCCCGUCCCAGUGCCAGUACUUUCGCAUCUCCAUCCCGGACUACUUCACCAGAUGGUCCAAUCUCAAAAAGGCAUUCUGUUCGAUGGAGGGGAUGUGGCCGAAGGGGCUGCUCCACAUGAUGACCCAUCUCAACAUUCCCCAUCAAGGGAGGCUUCACUCGGGGAUCGAUGAUUGCAAGAACAUGGCGACGGUGGUGAAGGCGCUGGCCGAGAAGGGUUGCGUGUUCGAAGAGACUCAUCACCAGGUGGACGAGCGUCCGCCGAGGUGAAAGGCGUGAGACGCCUUUCGCGUUUUGUGUGUCCGUGUCUCGUUUGCUGGUGAUAUCCAGA